UGACCCCUGCAGUGUCCCUGGCCAUCUCCUCCAGCCGAUGCCGGCACCUGGCUUUCAUGUUCCAGUCCCUGUGACGUCGGGACAUAUGAACGCCGGACCCGGCGGCAAAUUUGAAAUUUUUUUUUAAAUUUCAUUUUUUUUUAAACGAUGAUUACAUACAUUUCACAUACAUUUUGUCCCUACUGCUUUUUUUUCCUGUGCCCUGCCUGCAUUUUGACUGUUCUUUCUGCCUGGAAACUUAGAAAAGUCCACGGCGUCCAAAAAGCGUCCCAUUAUGUCAAAAGCGGUUGUAGACCAGCUAGAGAACAGCAAUAGUAAAUCAGAACCACUUGCAGAAUUGA